ACCCAACAAAAAAAAUUAUUCUGAAAAUGAGGUCGAAAGUGGUGUUGUGUGUUUGCUUCCUAAGUGUGCUGGCUGCACUUAGUGCAGCCAAAGUUUUAAAGUACGAUUCGGACUAUGAAGGCGAAGUUAAUGACGAAGAACUUCGCCAGAAACGCUGCAAUUGUGGAGAGGAGGGUUGUUCCAAAGAAGUCUGUCUAAGCAAUGGAGUCUGCGUUGAUUUGUGUAGUCCAUCAGUUGAACCAAAAUCAAAAGGUGACGUUGUCAGUCAAACUGUGGAACCAAAAGGCUGCACAUGUGGAGAUGAUGGAUGUUCCAAAAUCAUCUGUUGGAGCAACGGAGUUUGUAUAGAUGUGUGCAACCCUGGAUAUUUUCCAGACUGAACAACAGACUUGGACUGUCAUACUUGUUUUGAAAAUAAUAAAUGUGUUGUAAAUCUUUUGGAUUGUGUUUGGUUGUUUAAUAAAAAAUGAGCAAAAA